GCUCUGUUCCAGCCAUUACUAUGAGCCGUCCUCCCCUCAGCAGCCUCCUGCGAUAUGGACCCUCUUUGACAAAGGUCAAUAAACUAUAAUAUAUUUACAGAGGGGUGUAAAAACUCUGUGGACCAAGCCUAUUUCCAGCUCAUCGAUGUCAUCUACUGAUGCUUUUCUUCAACUUUAUUCUUCCCAAAACACAAAAACAUGACCAUUUGCCGUAUCUACGCAUGCGCCAUCUUGGGCGCUUUAAACAAGUAUGCAAGAGUGGAACAUGAACAUACUAGGAGGAAGACUGAUCCAGGCUCAAUGAAACAGGAAAUAGGCAUCAAUGACACUUGACUGCUUUGCAGAAUAAGCAGUUAUUCUGUAAUGCUAGUUCAAUAACAUCUAAGUUGUAUUCGCCAUGACUAUGAGAUCCACUUUGUUUGCUAAUGCAGGAUUUAAGCUGGACACUGAGAGAAUUGACUUUGACAAAUCACAAAUUGGAAAUGCAAAUGUUGUGAACUCCAUAACCAUCAAGAGAGAAACCUGUGACUUUGUCAUAGAUGUCCAUGACGUACACGGGGACAUCCACAACACUGGAGGGGAGAACCUCAGCAAAACUAAGAUCCUAGACCAGAAAUACAUAAUUCGGGCCCCAGUGGUGGCUGCACAAAAUAAAGCAGGAGGGGCACUGGUUCAAGGUGACAAUUGGGGAAGCACAGGGGUGCCGUCAUCCUCUGUCAGACAAAUGGGGGGUGAGGGAAUCCCAAUGAAAGGUAAACACUUUCUGAGUGAAGGUAUGGAUAAUAAAGAGUUGGUUUCAAACAAUAACUCCAAGGAUGCUGGUACUGAUGAGAGUACCAGAGGGGUCUCCCCUGGAGGAGUUGUCAACACUGCAUCCAUUGAGUUCAGCACAGAGGGCAAGUGGAGGAACAUCAGAAAAACCCCUGCUAACCCCCACACACAGGCCACCUGCCUCCGGCAGAUUCUCCUCCUUCAGCUGGACUUGAUUGAACAACAGCAACAACAGCUGCAGUCCAAGGACAAGGAGAUAGAUGAGCUGAAAGCAGACAAGGAGACGUUGCUGGCGCGUAUUGAGCGCAUGGAGCGUCGCUUGCAGCUGACGAGGAAGGACCCACGUGAUAAGCGCCUAUUUCAGCCACUAGAGCCCUGGACCCCAGAUAAAGAGGACCUGUGGGAUCUAGAAGUGUGUGACAGCCCACAGACUCCCACCCCCAGGACAAUCCCCUUCAGUCGAGGCGGCAAAGGCCUCAAGAGGAAAUUUUGCUUCCUGGACUCAAAAAUCCAGAAGUCACGAGGAGGGAAAGGCUCUAAGUUCACCUCCCCUAAGUCAGAGUGUGGAGCUGGCUCACCAUAUCAGAGGGAGCUGCGCAGUAAAGAAACCCCAGAGAAGAUGGGGUUUGGUCGGUCACCGGUGGAGAGGGAUACUCUGCACCCGAGCAAAGAGGACCCGGAGCACACCGAUCAGAUGGAGGAGCUCCCUUUCAUGUCUACUACUGAGAUGUACCUGUGUCGCUGGCAUCAGCCGCCCCCCUCCCCCCAACGUGAGCCAUCCCCAUCCCCGAAGAAAGAGGAAGUUGUAGCCAUUCCAUCCUGGAAGGAAAACAGUAUGGAGCCCUUGGAUGAGGAGGCUGCCAGUGACAUCCCAGAGAUGCUGGACGACAGUGUCUUUUUGAAGCGCCAUGCAAAGCUGGAGUUGGAUGAGAAGAGAAGAAAAAGAUGGGACAUUCAGCGUAUCCGUGAGCAGCGCAUGUUUCAGCGCCUCCAGCAGCGCAUGAACAAGAAGAAGGGGAUCCAGGAGAGUGAGCCAGAGGUCUCCUCAUUUUACCCGGACACUGAGGAUGUCGAGUCCAUAAUCAUCACCCCUUUCCUGCCUGUGGUGGCCUUUGGCCGGCCAUUGCCGAAGCUUACUCAACAAUGGUACCAUGGUGCAGGUGGCGGGGCAGGGCGAGUUUCACAGAAAGACCUUUCAUCAAAAUGAACUUUGACCUGCCUUGGCAGCGAAGCCGCUGCCGCAUCGAGGUGCCCAAAAAACACACGCCACACCGUACCUGUCGGAAGUGAGGUGGUAUCUGCGUGUGUUAAGCAAAAGAGAGAGCCCUCUUCUCUCCCCAGAAAGGUUCUCUUUUUUCUUUUGUGGGUUUAGGCUGUCACUGGCGUAGCAUGCACUACUCUCAAUAGUCUGUGGAAAAGUAAACCAUUGUCCUCCGUGUUGUCACUUGCCAGCUGUCUUAGAGAAGGAGCUGCUGUACAUUGGGAAAAUGGCUACCAAAUUUGUUAGCUAUGGUACAUUUGUUGCCCAUGCUACUCAAAAUGAAAGAAAAGCUGUACCCCCCUCAGAUAACAGUCCCCUUACUAACAGCUAAGUGAUUAUAACGUAAACCACAAUAGUUACUUAGAAUGUCUACUGUAGCAAUUUAGUAAUAUGCACGUUCUGUGAAGCAUAAUUGGGGAGCACAUGUUCUGUUUUGGAAUUUGGUGUAAUGUACCUAGUCUUCCUUAAUUACUGCAUCAUCACUAAAAUGUGUAGCUUUUGAUCAUUACUACAUUAUUACAUAGUUGUCACCUGACUUAAUAACUUGGGGACUGUGAUCUAAGGGUAAGAAGAGAAGUGGCGUUUUCUGAUUUGACUGAAUGGCAGUGCUUGAAUUGUACAAUAUACAACUAACCCUGUGCGCUGGAAGCACCAUUGGCGUUUACAUGCUCUGGGUUUUGCUUUGAUUGAAACUGUAAACAAUUUUUCCUGUUUGUGUAUUUACUGUAAUAUUUCCUUAUGUGAACACCGCUUCAAGCAAAAGGUUUUAUCAUUGUGAGCUAAUGUGUGGAUAUAAGGUGUUUGAUCCUUUCUCGGCAUGUAUGUUUUUUUUAUUACAAAUGCAGUAAAUAUUAGAUUUUAAAAAGUCCUCUGAUGCUAAAAUUAUUGAUAUUCUGCGUUGUCCAUACUUUGCUUCAUGAAAACAAGUUUGACUGCUUCUUGGUAGACAACAUUGGCUUUUAAAUUAAUUUGAGAACCUUUGAUCUUCUACAGUAUGCUUCUUUGUUUUGUUUUCAUAAUUUUAUUAUGUGAGUCUGCAUGACAAAUUUGGUCCAAACGAUAUCAACUAUUAACACGGUAGAGCUGUAAAUGAAACAACAUCCUUUCCGCUUAGUGCAAUUCAGAGAAGAGAAAUAACAUCUGUUUGAAUUUCAAAAGCAUGACAAUUUGGCUGCUUUAUUCAAAAAGCACUGCUUUGUUCAGACAACUGCCUUGUCUCCAGCCCAUUCGCUAACGUGAUGAAUUUGCUUGAGUUUUACAUUUUUUUGUGUAUUUUUCCAGUACAUCAGAAUACGCUUAAUUGCAGUAGAUAACUGAGAUAUAGACAUCAGUCCUAUGGUGAAGUUUAGAAAACAUGGGUUUUGUUGGCAUUAGAGUUUAGCCUAAUCAGCUAGAGCACUCAAACUAAAUGCUAGGUAUUUUCCUUCUUAAAUUCUAGCUAUAUUUAACAAUCUUGGUAACUGCCAAAAUAAAGGAAACACCAACAUAGUGUCUUAAUAGGGCCUUUUGCCACCACAAGCCAGAACAGCUUCACUGCACCUUGGCAUAGAUUCUAUAUGGCUGCGUUUACACAGGCAGCCUAAUUGUGAUCUUUUUAUACUAAUUGGUCUUUUGACCAAUCACAUCUAAGUAUUUUCACAUCAGCUAUUUUUCAGGGCUGAUCUGAUUUGUCAAAAGACCAGCUAGUGAAAAAAAUAUUACAAUUGGACUGCGUGUGCAAAUGCAGCCCAACUGUCUGGAGCUCUAUUGGAGGGAUGUGAUGGCAUUCUUCCAUGAUAAAUUCCCUCAUUUGGUGUUUUGUUGAUGGUGGUGGGAAACGCAGUCUCAGGCGCCGCAACAGAAUAUCCCAUGUGUUCAAUUGGGUUUACAUCUGGGGACUUCAACGGCCAUAGCAUAUGGUUUACAUCAUUUCAUGCUCAUCAAACCAUUCAGUGACCACUCGUGCCCUGUGGAUGGGGCAUUGUCAUCCUAUGGGGAUUUAGCCAUGGUAGCUAAAAUAAUGGCCUGCCCAGAAUUUGUGUACAUGACUCUAAGCAUGAUGGGAUGUUAAUUGCUUAAUAAACUCAGGAAUUACACCUGUGUGGAAGCACCUGCUUUCAAUAUACAGUACUUUGUAUGCCUCAUUUACUCAAGUGUUUCCAUUAUUUUGGUAGUUACCUGUAGCUCCUGGUGAUGUGUUAUCGCUUAAACAUUUUACUUUUGGCACAAUGGCCUCCAACGCUACAGACCACAAAAUACAGUGGUUUUCAAAUUAUGUGAAAUUAGUCUUCAGAAACAAAUGUUGUAAAUAUGAAAAACAUGGCUGUUUUAUUUUUUUUAUUUAAACGUUCAAGUGUUGAGUACAUUCAAUAUUAUUGUUCUAUGAUAAUGAUUGUAUGUUGACAAUAAUUGACAAGUUUGUUUUGGAAUAAAACAAAAAACAUCUAACA